GAGAAGGAGAAGUGAGAGGAAGAGGAGGAGAAAGAAGAAGAAGUUGUUGUUGGUUUAAUCCGGUCGUAACGCAGCGAAUAGGAGAGCCUGGAACCAGAAAUAGCUGGUACCGGACGAAGUUGUUGAUAUAAAGGUCUUGUUUUCUGUUUCGAAUCGCAAAUGCCUAGCUUUAGAGCAAACACUUCACCCCUUGGAUAAAGAAAGUAUAUAUUGACAUAUUCGUGUAGCAAGUACAUAAUAUUGUGAGGACGUAAAUAUACCAGUCGUGGCACGACCCUACGAACACGCUUUCUGAUUUGUAGUAUCGUAUAGUACAGGUCCAUCAUGUCAUUGCUGAUAUAAUACUCAGUUGGUAAAUGAUAUCGACAUCAUUCAUACAAGUUCACAUGCAUCAGUGUGUAUAGGAUGAAGACUGAAGUUACAGAGAUUAACAACUCACUGUCACCCGUGUCAUACGGGAGAUAAGACAGCAACGAACUCAUUACUAGAAGGCGGCCAUAGAGAUACAUUUGUACAGCUAAACCGUGUUACGGUAGCAGUGGCAACGAAGUCUUAACUUGAGAAGGUGUAAUAACUCCUUGGUUCAACGCGUGGUUGAAAAACUUGAGUUAAGUUUUUAAAACUCCGCGAUUACUACGCGAUGGUCCUGUAACUAGAUGUUAAAUCCAGCUAGCUGUAGAAAGUGCGAUGACUGGUUGGCCAAGCUAUGAGAUAACCUUAGACAGUGGCUAAUGAUAACAACUCUAUUCGUAUCUCUCGUAUGGAGGUUGAAUGAAAGCACGAUUCAAUAUGGCUUCCAUGAGUAAAUUCGCACUUUGGUGUGCAUUGAUUUUAAUGCUAACCUUCACUCUCUUGGUCUACAUCUCACCCUCAACACCGUCCAUACAAUCAUCAGUACUUGGUAGAAUAACAGAUCGGAUACAUCCCGAAGGAGUCUUACCAUUGCAGGCUGUGAACAAAGACCAAGACCAAGAGACGGAUUCAUUACCUGUACACGUGAAUAUAGGAUCGUCAAAGGAAGAAGAUGAUUCAAUCAGUUUGCUGAACGGAUCCUACCCGAGCAAGGUGUCGUUUAUGAACGCCCAGAAAGAGAUUCAGAAACGUCGCAAGUAUAACAUGGAGCGCGUCUGCAAGAAGUACCACCCAAAUCCCGAGACGGACAUGGCGAAGCACCCGCCCUGGAACGUUAUUGUAGACGACAAAUAUAAACUGAUGUACUGCUACGUUCAGAAGGUUGCUUGUACUAAUUGGAAGAAAGUGUUCUUAGUACUGAGUGGUCAGUACAAUUCAACCGCGAGCAUUCCGCAGUUCUUCACCAAUCGUGAAGGGGCCAGGAGUCUCAAGUCACUCCAGUCUUACCCCGAAGCAGAACGGAGGCACAUCCUCAAGACCUACACCAAGUUCAUGUUCGCCAGACACCCAUUUUCCCGUGUUCUUUCAGCCUACCGGAACAAACUGGCCCCAGACAGUACAUUCUCUCGGGCGGGAAAAUGGCAGAAAAAAAUCGGUACCAAAAUCAUGAGCGCAUUCCGAGAGGACGCCGUGGAGCUGCGCGUUGCGAGGCAAAAUUUCAAUAUGAGCAAUUAUGACCUUUCCUUUGGUGAAUUUGUGAAAUUUAUCUACACCCCUCGAGGACAAAAGAAUGGCAACAAGCACUGGCGGGAUUUACAUAUGAGUUGCCUUCCGUGCAUGAUCCAGUAUGACAUGAUUGGUAAGAUUGAAACGCUCGAGGACGAUGCGCGGUAUAUCUUGAGUGUCAGUGGGGCAGAUAAAGUUGUCAGUUUUCCAUCGGCAGAGGGCAGUUCACCUACCAACAGUUCCGAUCCAGACCUUAUACAGAAGUACUUCUCAACUCUGCCGCGUAAUGACAUCACAAAACUGUACAACCGAUAUUUAAUUGAUUUCUUAUGUUUGAUUACCAUGCAACUGUAGAUGAUGUGCUUGAUGUACGGUAGCAACAAAAUGAUACAAGUUUUAUACCCACAAUAUUUAUCUACUUACUGCUAAUGAAAAUUAUUUCAGUUGAAGACUCGGCGGUCAAAUGUGGCCGUUCCUGUUUGAAAACCAUCACUUUGCUUUGUUGAAUAUUUGCAGGAGUUAUAUUUUGUAUCAACUAAUGUGAGAUAUUUUAGAGAUAUUUUUUGUUCAUUCUUACUACAUUACAUUUGAACCGCAUCACAGUUGAAUCAGAGCAUUAUAAUCAGUAUGUGCUCCUUUGUGAAAAGAUUUGAGGGGUAAAAAGUUAAGAGGUCAGCGGGAAUUUCAAUCCCUGAUCAAUGGUACUGAUUCAUACUUCAUUUUGAGUUAGUGGCAACACUUUUGCUGUACUUAGCUUUUAGUGUUUUCGUGGUAUUUCCAUAUUCAAUUCAAUUCAAUUCAAUUUAUUUCAACCAUAAAAAUACAGUUACAAUAAAUCAUGGAAAUAUAAAAACAUGGGGUUAGGAGCCCCUAAAGAAGUUUGAAUACAAACUUGCGGUUAGGGCACCAACCAUGACAUAUAUAUCGAGAAAUUAACAAAAACAACAUUAACGGGAAAAACAAAUAUAUACAAGAAAAAGAUUAUAAAGACAGUAUGUGAGCAUGACAGCAAAGCACCGGCCAUGAACGCACACAGGACACAGUGUCAAGCGACACUGCGUCCCUAUAUGCGUCCCUAUAUGCGCCCCUAGCCGGUGCUUGCUUUAUUACAAAACUUAACAAAACAUGUGGAGCAAAUUAUUCAUUAUUUAAUUAGCAUGUGUUUUAUACUGCAAGAACAUUUCAUUCUUCAAGAUUUUUUUAAUUUAUCAAAUUUAUCAAAGUUUUACUUAGUUUAAUAUCAUUGUCUAGGUCAUUCCAUAACUUAAUUCCAUUACAAGUAAGGAAUUUUGACUGAUAACAUGAUUGGAAAACUGGUUCCACAGAUUUAAAAAAAAAAAAAAAAAAAAAUUGGGGGGGGGGGGG